CAAUAAAAAGGGGUAAUUUUCUCCAAGGAACUUUACAACCGGGGCUUUUGCCCCCAACAGUUAACAUUUGUAUGCCAUCCCAUGCUUAUCGCAUACGAUUCGGGGUAUGACUCAACAUUUAAGACUGCAACAGUGGUUAAACUCCAUAAAAAUGGCCGAUAUAUCUCAAAUACCCAACUUUCAAUUAAAGGUUAUAUUUCUUAUACAUACACUUUUUUUUUCGCUUGCUACCACCGGUUAUUGGGCCCCAACCGGAUAUAGUUUUUAUAAUAUACUCAUAAUUAUACUCAUUCUCCAUAUUAUUUUAAGCGACAACACCGAAACUUUAAAAAUUGCGCUUGUAUUAAAUGGUGUCUCCUUUGUUUUGGAUUUGUUUAUGGUUGGGUUUCAUUUUCACAGUUCAUCAAUGUUUUCUUGCAUCAUCGCAAUAAUUUUCACGUUGGUGAAGCCGGCCACUACAUUUGUACUAUUUAAAAUCAGCCAAGAACGUGGUGACGCCCCAGGGGGUUCUGAAAGAAACAUCGGAAACAUUUUUACUACUAACCGUGAUAGUUACGAGGAUAUCGACCGCAAUGUGCCUUCAGUUGCCGCACAUCCAAGUCAAGGGGGCUACAACAUAUCUACUGCGCAACAAAUUUAAUUUACUAAAAUUAUAAUUAAUGUCGGAGUAUAUCUCGAAUUCGCUUUUAAUGUAACGAUAUUAAGAUAUUGUUUUUAAAAUAUAUUAAUUGUUUGUUAAAGUUU